AUGCACAAUAAAGUUGAAGAUGCGAAUACUAAUGAAGUGGCUAAAGGAGAACGGGAAGAUUUUGUUAUUAUUAAUUCAGAUCUUAACGCAGAAACGAAAAACACAACUUUAAGCAAAGAAGUAACGGACAAUUCCACUUUGAAAUCAAAAAAUAUUUCGAAGGAAUCAGCAUGUGUUCCUUUAAAUGGCUACGGCCAUCGACGCUCAUGGAUUACUACUGACCGAAUUAAUGAGCUUCGUCGAAAAGCGUUAGAAGCAAUGAAGCAAAAUAAAACUUUUACCAUUCGGGGCUGUUUUCAAUCGGUGCGAAACGCUCUGAUUUGUCGUGGAUGGGUAGAAAAGUUAGAUAUGCAUCGAAAACAUUUUCCAACGGGCAUAUGCCAAAUAUCUUAUGAAGACCUUUCGCAAGGAUUACCAAAACGAAAAGCUGGAGAGACUCGUAGUCAAUAUAUAAAUAAAUGUGAGCGUAAUAUUAUGUCACGGUUUUUGGAGCAUAUGCCAAUUGACUUUCUGUGGACUAAUCGUAAGGAGAAAUGUGAUUACAUAGAUCAGGCUAAGAAUCCUACUAUGACUAUUAAUAAAUUUCAUCGUGCGCCAUUUACAUCUAAGGAGGGCUUAUGUAACCAAUUGAAGGAUUUUCAUUGGUUUUACGAAGAGAAUAUUGCUGAAAUGUAUUUUCCACGCUGUUUUAAUGUAUGGAAUCCUGAGGAAUUAAGUGAAUUUGUUGAGAAUUAUAAAUUGACUGCGUGCAUUGCCUUUAUUCGAAUUAUAACUGAGAAAUAUGAAUUAAAUGCUGUCAAGAAAUUGUUUUCAACUUCGGGAAAGAUUCCAUAUUCUGCUGUUGAAUUCGCUUUUAAACGGUGUACAGAAUUUAUUGAGUGUUGUCAGCAUUGUGAUAUUGAUUUUGAAAAUUCUCCAAAGAUAUGGGAUCAUGAAUGGGAUCUGUUUCUCUAUCAGCAUUACCAAGUGGCAAAUGAAAGUAUGGCAAUUUGUAUAGACGAUCAUCAUGAUUGUGACACAGUUUUAAAAACUGCGAAUCAUAUAUUAGAUACUAUAAAAUCAUAUUGGCCACAAUAUUCGUUAGAUGGUUGGCAAAAUUUAUGGAUUGUUAAGCCAGCUAAUAAAUGCCGAGGUAGAGGCAUACAGUUAUUGGAUAAUUUAAAAAAAAUUUUAACUGUUGUAAAUCCACCGAUUGCUUCAAAAAGUCGUUAUGUUGUUCAAAAAUACAUUGAGAAACCUCUAACAAUUCAUAACACAAAAUUCGAUAUACGACAGUGGUUUCUGAUAACCAAUGUGCAGCCACUAAUAAUUUGGAUGUACAAGGAGAGCUAUCUUCGUUUUAGUUCGCAAGAAUACAAUCUAUCGAAUUACCAUGAAUCAGUUCAUCUAACCAAUUAUGCGAUACAGAAGAAAUAUGGCAUAGGGAAACGGGACAAACGAUUACCAAAUGAAAAUAUGUGGGAUUGUUAUUCAUUUCAAGCAUAUUUGCGACAAAUUGGAAAAUAUGACAUGUGGUUAAGUCGUAUAUAUCCAGGUAUGAGGAAAGCUAUUGUUGGAACAAUGCUUGCCUCGCAGGAGAAUAUGGAUAGGCGUUCUAAUACAUUUGAACUUUUCGGAGCUGAUUUUAUGAUAUGUGAAAAUUUUUAUCCAUGGUUAAUUGAAAUCAACUCAAGUCCAGACUUAAGUGCAACAACAAGUGUUACUGCUCGCAUGUGUCCACAGUGUCUAGAAGAUGUGAUUAAAGUUGUAAUCGAUCGGCGUUUAGAUGCUAAAACAGAUGUUGGCAACUUUGAGUUGGCAUAUAGACAAAUGAUUCCUCCAACUCCAGCUUAUAUGGGCCUGAAUCUAUUUGUGAAAGGAAAACAAGUUAUGUCCAAAGUUAAUAAUUGUCAAGCUAGUUAUCACCAACGUAAGGAACAUCGUCUCUUUAAUGUCAUGACUACUCACAGACAAAAAACGUCCUCUAUUUCACACGUACACAAAGAAAUGCCGAUGUUCAAUGCAACAGAAAUUGUAGAAAAGAACAUGGGAGAAGUUUCAGGUAACUCUCGUGGUCUCUUUAAUGGCGGUAUUGUCGGAAAUGUUCACCAAUACCAAUAUAGAAGUAUUUCAACAAAUGCGAAACAAAAUAUUUACCACGGCCCCACUUCAACGACUGCGUGUCCUAAUUUACUAAAAUCGCUUCACACAAGUGUGGUCCUUAAAAGAUCUUAUACAAACUUAUCAAAAUGUCAUCCUAACAUCUUAAAGGUAUGUCCUUCUAAGAAUGACCCAGUUAAUGUUACCAUGAAACGUUAUGGUAGUUGUGGUCCACGUCUUAAUUACAACAACUACAAUAAAGAUAAGGAUUUUAAGCUUUAUAUAAAAAAAUAUCCACAUGAAAAAAACAAAGAAAAUAAUAUUGAACAGUUUUCGAAAAAACAUUCUAUACAAAAUACGCAUAAGCCACAUGGGCUAUCUAAAGUAGAUACUAAACAUUACGAUUUAGCUAAAGAAUUAAAACAUCAAGAUAGUCAGGCAUUGGAGUUGUUAAAAAACGGCAAAAAGGAUCAAAAUGUUGUGUCUAAGAUUUUGCACCAGGAACCACAAAAUCAUGUCAUCUCUAAUGACAAAAAUUAUCGUCUAUAUAAUUUAUCAUGUUUGGAAAAUUCUUAUAACUGUCGCAAGUCUGCUUUGAUGAUGAAUAAAUCAAAAAGUUUAAUCUCGAUAAGUUAUAUGAAGGAUUCGAAAAAAGCUAAACCAGAUACACAAAACUCCAUUUAUUGUCAUACUACCGACAGUAGUUUAAAUGCAAAAAAUCGCGAAGUAACCAUAAGACAGUAUGGAAGUUCAAAAAAAUUCAACCAGAAACUCCGCAAAAAUGUUUAAAUACUUUUCAUAGUGAAGACACUUUUCCAAUAUUUUAAGAUAAAUUCUUAAAUAGAUUAAGUUCUCCGUUAAACCUAUGAUCUUACGAACGAAUAUCUUUUUAAAUCAUCAAUUUUGCUCGGCUUUCAUAUUUCCCAGGUUUCAGGAGAGUUCUAUAAACC